AUGUCUUCAAAUGCCGCCGAGACAUAUAUUGCUCCAAUCGAGCCAACCAAGACCGAGCCUAAGGAGAAGGUCUCUGGCAAAGAUGAUGAGACAAGCGAGGAAUUGGUAGAAGUCUACAUCGACCCUGUUCUACAAACUAGGAUCUUGAGAAAGCUCGAUACACGCCUAGCACCCCUUUUCUGUGCCCUCUAUUUCCUCUCAUACUUGGAUCGCAGCAACAUUGGCAAUGCCGCCGUUGCUGGAAUGACAGAGCAGCUCAACCUGAGUGGUGCUCAGUAUAGCACAGCAGUGAGCGUUUUCUUUGCGACAUAUGUCACCUUCAUCUUCCCCCUGGUCCUCGCCCUGAAGAAAAUCAAGACUCACCGCGGAAUCACCUUCAUGGCGGCUGCUUGGGCUAUCGUCACUAUUGGCACAGCAUUUGUGAAGUCCUAUGGCUCCCUCGUUGCUUGCCGACUGGUUCUGGGACUUUGUGAAGCGGGUUUCUUUCCCUGCAUCAGUCUGUACAUCACCAUGGUUUACAACCGCAAGGAACAGGGCCUCCGAUUUGCCUAUCUAUUUGCAGCCACCUCCUUCUCCGGCAUGUUCGGCGGACUUAUCGCAACUGGAAUCACCAAGAUCGGUGAAGCUGGUGGACUUCGGGCUUGGAGCUGGCUGUAUAUCGUGGAGGGGCUCGUUUCUCUGCUCAUCGUGCCAUUCGUGUGGUAUGGACUACCUGAAAAGCCAGCUGAUGCCAAGUGGUGGACACCAGAGGAGCGUGAAGCGAUGCUUAUCCGAGAGCAACUUCGUCUUGAAUACAUGGGCCGCGAGAAGUUUGACUGGAAGCAGGUCAGGUCGGCGCUCAAGGAGUGGAGAGUUUACACAGGUGCUCUGAUUCAGUUCUUCCAGGACAUUAUUCUGUAUGGCUUCAGUACGUUCCUCCCCUCAAUCCUUCGCAACGGUCUCGGAUACAGCCGAAUGGAAGCGCAAUACCUGAGCGUCCCCGUUUACCUACUCGGUGGAAUCUCCUUCUUCGUAGCUGCCACUAUCGGCGACAAGUACGGACUCCGAGGCUCCGUUCUGCUAUUCCUCGAUGUGUUUGCUGUCAUCGGAUAUGCACUUUUGGUUGCUUUAGAGAACAAUGCUGUCAAAUAUGCAGCUUGCUACCUCAUUGCCAUACCGCUAUACUGCGGUCCAGGACUGAAUGAAACUUGGAUUGUCAAUAAUACGGCGCCACACUAUCGACGUGCAACAGCACUUGGUCUUUCACAAGCUAUUGGCAACAUUGCCGGUGUUGUUGCACCUCAAGUCUAUCGCAAGUCGCCAUAUAUGCUAGGACACUGGAGCUCGCUUGGAUCGGCACUGAUCUGUAUGGCUCUGAUCUCGAUUCAGCUCGUUUACUACAAGAUACAGAACAUGAAGAAAGAUAAGAUCGUACGAGGCGAGAGAGAAGAUGACAGGAAGGGGACUACUGGCGAAGACAAUUUGGACUUCAAAUAUUUGUACUGA